UCAAAGGCAUCUCGACGAAUAUCAGCCUUGCAAUAUUCUGCCGGUCAGAAUCCCAGAAUUUGGACACAUGCAUUCUAUGGAGGUUAUCGGUGACGGUGAAGCAACAUUUUCAUCAAUACGGAGAUAUUAUCAUGGAAGUAGGAGAGUUGAAACGCAGUAGAAGAAUGGAAUUCGGAUGAGAUGACGUUCGAAAAACUCCCACACAUCGCCACAACUUGGAUGCUCCCUAACAUCUCGAUUUUGCACUUUCAAUGACAUUAUAUUCCUGCUACUCCUAACAAAAUAUUGUUGAUUUUAUAAUAGACUAGGAUAGACCUACCAGGUAAAAGAACUCUCUCUAUUAAAGAAUCUGUUUGGAAACUUUGAUGUAAGAUGUCCACCGAACUAGAAGAUCUGGUGGAAUUUCUUCAUCAUGGCAACACCCAAGUCCGACAGAUAGCUGUUGAGAACCUCGUUGGAUUCUCCACCGCGCAACCAGAUUUAUUCAGGGCACGGGAGCAUGAGCCCAUCAAGGACCUCAAACUCCUCGUCAAAGACUAUCCGCCGAUAGCCAAAAAUGCGUUGACGAUGCUCAUCAACCUGACCGAGGGUGCAGAUAUCCUUGAGAAUCUGUCAGGGGAUAACGAGUUUAUAAUGUCUCUCUUAUCAAGAAUCACUAACCCUAAAGAAGAAUCAGCGGACUUAAUAGCGAUGCUGCUAUCGAAUCUUACGAAGUCCGAAAAGCUGAAGGGACUGCUGGAUACAAAGGUUCCCGAGCGAAAAGAACUGUCAAGAUCGCAAAAUGCAAUGGACCAGUUAAUGGACUGUUUCGUGAAAGGGGCAGAAGGGGGAUAUAAUAAACAUGCCAAUUUUGAUUAUCUGUCAUACGCCAUGGCGGAUCUUGCACAGUACCCUGAGGGACAGCAAUAUUUCACGCGGCCAAGGAAAGACGAUGAGGAUAUAAUCCCGGUGACCAAACUCACCGUCUUCACGGAGCAUUCUUCAGUCAUCCGCCGUCGUGGAGUUGCCUCGACCAUCAAGAACCUCGCCUUUGCCAUCCCCACGCAUCCACAACUCCUAUCCCCCAUCCCACCAAGACUCCCCACCCCAAGCGACUUCCCUGACGAAGGAGCUAACCUGCUUCCCUACAUCCUCCUCCCGCUCAUGGGUCCAGAAGAAUACAGCGACCAAGACACGGAGGAGAUGCUCGAAGACCUGCAACUCCUGCCGCCGGACAAACGACGCGAGCCGGAGCCAGAUAUCGUCAAAACGCAUCUGGAGACCCUGCUACUGCUCACCACCACCAAAGAUGGACGGGAAACGCUGCGAAGGAUCAAGACAUAUCCGAUUGUACGAGAAUGUCAUGUCCACGUCGAGGAUGACGAUGUUACGGAGGCGUGUGAUCGGCUUGUACAGGUGUUGAUGAGGGGAGAGGAAGGGGAAGCGGAGUCACUUCCUGAGGGGCCCGGCCCAGGGGCACGGGGUUUGCUGACGACCCCGAGCCAGUCGCAGAUCAAGGAGGUAGAAGAGGAAGAAGAUGAUGAAGACGACCAGAUAAUCGAGGUUCUAUAGACUGGGUAGAAGGCCCGAAGGCAUGAUAAGUGCUUUUAUUCCAUGUAUAGCACGUCUACUUUAUGCUUUACAUAUGAAGGUGUAUCGACACCGCGAGGACUGAUAGAGCAAAUCCUCUCCCAAAACGUCUACCUCAUCAAUAUUUUCUAUCCAUCCCCUACUCCACCCCCACCUCAAACCUC